GUCUCGACGUAUAUCGAUACUUAAAAUCGAAAUACACUUAUUCGAUAUUAAUUCUGGACCGACGCAACUGCCCAAAAAGUUUCAGUGAGCACUGUACUGUACUGGCGGACGGCAUUCGACCAACCAACAGAUGCGCUCAAGCUGGGAUGUUUGGAGCUACGUACAUGUUUUUCAAGGCCAAGUUCCAUGCUCUGUUGUUUCAUGGUUCUUUCAACAACAUCACUCAGCAUACCGAUACUUGACCUGACUGCAUUCACGAGCAAACUACGGUAUCAACCAGUGAUGAUCCUUGAGGGAUAAAUUAAUAAUUUGGUAUUUUCGUAAGCUGUGUCAGACCACCAUGGCACUUGUUGCAGAUACCAAACAUGCAGUAGAGUUGCUGCACAGCAUGCAGAAUGAGCUCCAGCGGACGGGAGACAUGGAGCUAGACCAGGAGCUGAGUGACAUGAUAACCAUGAUGGAGAGUCCCCUCUUCACUCAGCUCUUGACCCUCCAGCAGUCUGUGCGCCAGCUACGAGACCAUGUAGAGUCCACUCCCCCAGGACAGCCUGUUGGUGAGUUUGAUUUCACCCCUAGUGGGGAGCUCGUGUUACAAGAACUGUCCAAACCUGAACUGGAAUCUUCCACUGCUGUCCAACCAGCCCACCCGUAUGCCUAUGAGAACCAGAUCGACUUGGAAGAUGAAGCCAUCACUGUCCAGUCAGCAACAGCAGAGCAGAGUGCCCCACCUCCUGCCUCUCAGUCCGAGGCUGAUGAAGUGGACACAUUGCUGGAGUCCAUUGCUGAGCUGGCCAUGGGUAGGGAGGUCCGGACCAUCAAGCUUAUGAAGCCAGAGAAGGGAGGCCUAGGAUUCAGUGUGGUUGGGCUGAAGAGUGAGAAUCAUGGAGAGCUGGGUAUCUUUGUUCAACAGGUUCAACCCAAUGGGGUGGCAGCAGAUAAUGGGGAACUUCAAGAGAGUGAUCAGAUCCUUGCCAUCAAUGGACAUCUACUGGAUGCCAGUGUCUCACAUCAACAGGCCAUAGUGAUGCUGCAACAUGUCAAGGGUCUAGUGGAGUUGGUUGUAGCAAGGGGUGUGUUCCAGAUACCUGUUAAUGCCAACGGCAAGAUUGGAGCAGCUAAUCAGAACAAGAAACCCCAGUCCGGAGAGGAGGCCGUGCACUCUGGAACUGAUGGUGAAGUGCAGCAUAGUAUCGAACAGAUUGACCUGUACAACGAUGGGUCUGGGCUGGGCUUUGGCAUAGUAGGAGUUCACGAUGUGGGCAUCAUGGUUAAGACCAUUCUGCCAGGAGGUACAGCUGAUCGGGAUGGCCGUCUUCAAAGUGGAGACAUCAUUCUCCAAAUUGGUGAGACUCCCCUUCAGGGCAUGACCUCUGACCAGGUUGCCAUGGUGCUCAAACAAGCUGGAAGCCACGUCCAUUUGACCGUGGCCAGGGGUGCAUUUUCUGAUCAGGAGUCAAGUGACACCAAGCCAGAACCUAUGAUACAGAUGCAGCAGACAUCAGAGGUGCAUUCUGAACCUCCAUCACUAUACUCUAAGGAUGAGCCAGAUGGUGUGAACCUAUUUGAUGUUGUCUUAGAAAAGGGAGCAGAAGGAUUGGGAAUAACCAUAGCUGGCUAUGUGCGUGAUCUUGGCACAGGGCAAGUGUCUGGAAUCUUUGUAAAGAAAAUUGCAGAGGGAAGUGCAGCUGAUCUUAAUGGCCAAGUGCAAGUCAACGAUCAAAUCAUUGAGGUGGAUGGACAGAGCCUGGAAGGUUUCACCAAUAUUGAAGCUGUGGACUUACUUAGAAACACCGGGAGUAUUGUUCAUAUCAAGCUGGCCAGGCACCCUCCUGGUACUCUGGAUAUUUCAAACGUCAGCAUGGACCAUCCUAGCAUUGCUGCUGCAUCAGUUGCGGAGGGCCCCGUUGAACCGCAGCAUAUUGAUAAUGAGGAAGAAGCCCCUCCCAUAGCUCCACCGGCCUAUCCACCUCCUGCUGGUGUAAUACUCAUGGACUCUCAGAAAGCUGAAACUCCAAAAGGCCCUUUUGAAGGCAAGCUUGAUCCGGAGGUAGAGGCUUCGCUGGUUGAUUUCUGGCAAGGCAUUCUGGGAAUGGAGGUCACAAUUGUGGUGGCACAGUUGAGCAAGUUCCGAGAAGGAGGUGGGCUGGGUAUAAGCCUGGAGGGGACAGUAGAUAUCGAUGAAGCUGGGGAGGAGGUUAGACCCCACCAUUACAUCCGCUCCAUCUUACCUGAUGGGCCUGUGGGACAGAAUGGCCGGCUUCAGAGUGGUGAUGAACUUUUGGAGGUGAAUGGAGACAAGUUGCUGGGUCUCAACCAUGUGGACGUAGUCAAGACUCUCAAAGAACUCCCCAUGCAUGUGCGGAUUGUCUGCGCACGUCAUCCACACCCCGUUUUUCCUGAGUCACAAGUAGGUGAAGUACCCCAGUUAGCCUCAGUUCCACCGCAGGAUGGUCCAAGUGUCGUAGAAGAAGUGGUAGGAGCCAGUGAGGUCAGUCUCCGGGAAUCUGUGCCAUUCCCCGAGGUGGCAGUGCCUGGUGUGGGUGGAGGCAGUGGUGACACUGCAAUAUCUCCACUGCCCAGGGAGUCUGUGAGCGGUCUGGCUGUGUGGGAUGACCAGCUACAGACUGUGGAGCUGGUCAAGGGAGAUCGGGGACUAGGCUUCAGCAUUCUGGACUAUCAGGAUCCCCUAAACCCUUCCAAGACAGUGAUAGUAAUCCGCAGCCUGGUGGCUGGGGGUGUAGCAGAACAAGAUGGCCGACUGAUCCCAGGGGACAGACUAGUCUUUGUCAAUGAUACCAACCUGGACAACUGUUCAUUGGAGAUGGCUGUGCAGGCCCUCAAGGGAGCACCACAGGGCCCUGUCAGACUUCAAGUGGCCAAGCCCUUGCCCCAACCGGUUGGUGAUACAGCACUUGAUGGAGAAGAGCCUGUUAUAAUGGCACAGCAGAUGUCUUCAGUUCAUCAAGCCCCACCCUCAGGCUUCCAGGGCAUCUCUGCCCACACAGAUGAGCUGCUACAACUUCAAGAAAUGCAGAAUGCUCUUGAGGAGUCUCAUAAAUCACCCUCUCCUGAGACAGUGCCAAGUGGGCCAAUUGUGGAAGAGGUGGUUGUCAGUGCAAGUGUUGCAACUGAUGUCGAGGCCAGCAUGGAUCUCAACCAGAUACUGAAUGACCAACCUGAGACUGCACCCACAACUACCAACACCUCACCCCCUGAUCUUGUACUGGCCUCGUCAGCUACAGUACCUGCAUCAGAGCCAGUAGAGACUGUCACUUCUACACAGGAGACUGCAGUGAAGAGUUCCCUACUUGAGUCAAAGCGCCAGCCACCACCACUCCCACCGAAACCAAGUCCUCGCAACAGUGGUGUGACUGCUGAAGCAUUGUCGGAGUCCAGUGACCCUCCAGUCACAGCUGUCCCAACCUCCCUUGCCAUUGCCAAUGUGCCAUUGGGAAAGCGAGCGUCAGUGGUACUGCCCAACAGUCUGGAGAAGACAAUCAACCUGAAGAAGGGAAAUGCUGGAUUGGGUCUGACUGUCAUUGCCGACAAAUCCAACGGUGUUGUGGUCAAAAGCAUCAUCCGCGGGGGUGCUGUCCAUCAUGAUGGACGCCUGGCUGUCGGGGACUACAUCACAUCAGUCAAUGGGAACUCUAUGCGUGGUUUGAGUAAUGUGGAGGCCAGAGCCAUACUCAGAAGGGCCUCCUUGGCAGGAGAUGAAAUCAGCAUGACUUACAUCCCUGCUAGUGAUGCAGCAGCUUUCCGUGAAGACCCCUCAGCAUUUUCUUCAGUAAGCCCCACGGAUGAUAAGUUUGCCUUACCCCUCAAGGAUCAACAUUCAGAUUCUGUCAAGCUUGCUGCAGUAGCGUUGUCCCCUGUCAGUGUGGCUGCAGAAGGUGACAGUGCACAGGAGGUACAUACUGUCCGACUCACCAAGGAACCCAACAAGAGCCUUGGGAUCAGCAUUGUAGGAGUGACCAACAGAUAUGGACGUGCUGGUGACGGUCAACCAGUAGAAGGUAUUUACAUCAAGCAUGUACUGGACGAUAGCCCUGCAGGCCGAACAGGGGCAUUGAAGACUGGAGAUCGCAUCUUGGAGGUGAAUGGAUGUGAUCUGCGGGAUGCCAGUCACGACUAUGCUGUUGCCAUCAUUCGCAAUGCUGCCAGCCCUGUGUGUUUUAUGGUUCAGAGCUUAUCACCCGGAGAUCAUAUGCCAAGUGGAAAAGAGUCUGUUAUCCCACCUGCAGAAGAGGAGGUGGUUGCCAUGGUAACAGAGGAGACCAAGACAGCCCCUACAUCAUUAGAGGAGGCAUCUUCCACACAGAUGGUACCUCUGUCACCUAUCAAGCAUAAGUUAUCUUUGAGUGGAUCUGAGAAUGAGGAAGAUCAAAUCAAAGAUGGCAGCUCCAAUGAAGUGGACAGUGCUUUUGCUGGAAUUGGAGGUGAGAUCCUAGUCAUUCAGCUAGCAAAGUCAUCACGAGGCCUAGGGAUCAGUUUGGCUGGUAACCGAGACCGUUCCAAGAGAAGUGUGUUUGUAGUGGGUGUGGAUCCUGAUGGUGCGGCAGCACAAGACAAACGGUUGCAAAUUGCUGACGAGAUUCUGAGUAUCAAUGGUGUGUCAGUCUAUGGUAAAUCUCAUCAAAAAGCUUCAGCCAUCAUUAAAGAUAUCCCUAAGGAUGGAGACGUGCAACUGAUUGUCAGACGCCAUCCCCAAGCCAUAGAUCAGUUGGCUGUUACACCUCUCACACCUACGCCUGCUGAUAAGCAAAGACAUUUCCAGUUGCCAGACCUUACACAAUCCGGACAUGAUUUCUCUUCCUAUCCAAAUGUGCACAGCAUUAUAAUCAACAAGGGGGUGAAAGGGCUUGGCUUUGCUGUCUUUGAAAAGCCAGACUCCCUUGGAAAGUGUGGGAUAUUUGUUAGAGACAUCACUCGGGGAGGAGCAGCCCAUGAGGAAGGAAGUCUACGCAGCGGUGAUCAGAUCUUAUCUGUAGAUAGCAACAACCUUGUGGAUACCAAGAAAAAUGAGGCUAUAGUUGUACUCAAAGGCACUAAAGGACAGGUUAUACUAACUGUCAGCUCAGAGCAGCCCUUCAUCCAACCACAGCCAACUUCAGGGCCAACUCAAGUGGAACGUCGAGAUGAACCAGUGGAGGAUGUAGUUGUAACAGCAACCGUCGGUGAAGAACAGUGUGCACCCCCAUCCUUGCCGGAGGAAAGCCUCUCUGAAAACCUUGCUGCUGGACAUAGCAUCAAAGAAGAGAAGCGAACAAUAGAUCAGACAAAUGUGAAAGGGGCAGGAGCAGAUGAGUUGAAAGAGAGAAGAGAUGAGACUGGGAAUAAGGAGAGAUCAACAGAAGGAGGAAUAGCAGUAGGAAAGGAAGAGAAAGAGACAAGAAAGGAAAAAGAAAAGUCAGAUAAAAUCAUCCAGUCAUCAGUAGCUGAGAAACAAGAAAGUGAACCUGCAAAGGAAGUUGGCGGCCUGGAUAAAGUUGCAGCACCAGACCUUCUACCGACUGAAUCCGCUUCUGUACCUGUGGUAACCUCUCACCCUGCCUCAACCCCUGACCCUGUCCCAACCCUUGACCCUGCACCCAUCACUGCUCCUGAACCAACCAUUACAAGGCCAGACCCUCUAACCUGCCCAGUAAUGCCUGGUGAACCCACAGACAUCAUCAUUGACAAAGGCAAGACGGGUCUUGGACUUAGCAUCGUUGGAGGAACAGAUACACAGCUGAGCAUUGUGGUGGUUCAUGAGGUGUAUGAGCAUGGAGCAGCUGCUAGAGAUGGUAGACUGUGGCCAGGAGAUCAGCUGAUUCAGGUAAAUGGCAUCGACCUGACUAAUAUCAAGCAUGAUGGGGCCAUUGCUGCACUGCGCCAGUCUCCUAGCCAGGUUUGCCUGAGGGUUUUCCGUGAUCAGCAAUCUAUGAGUCAGGGGGCUGUGGAUGAGGAGGGGGAGGAGCCAGAGGUUGAGGAGGAGGAGAAACCAGAGGAUGAGUAUGAUGAGAUGCUGAGCGUGGAACUCCGACACACCCGUGGGAGGAGCUUAGGACUCAAUGUAGUAGGCAAAACGUCUGGGCGAGGUGUGGUGAUUUCUAUGAUUCUUCGAGGUAGUGCUGCUCAUGCUGAGGGAUCGUUGAAGGCUGGUGACCAUAUCCUGUCCAUCAAUGGCAAAGAUGUGCAGAAUGCUACGCGAGAAGAGGUGGCUUCUCUGCUCAAGUCAUCUGAUGGACAUGUCCUGUUUGAAAUUGGCCGUAAAAAAGACCUUGGCAAGACAGGCAGACAAGAGGAGCCGGCCCCAAGAGCCAAGAGUCAGUCACCUGCUCAGGGUACACAAGUGAGACACGUGGAGCUUAGGAAGAUACCAGGAGAGUCCUUAGGUCUGAGCAUUGCUGGGGGUAAGGGCAGUGACAUGGGGGAUAUGCCUCUCAUAAUUGCCUCCAUUAAUCCAGGCAGCCAGGCAGAUAGGAACAAACAACUCAAGGUCCUGGAUUGUAUUGAAAGCAUCAACGGUCGUAGUGUGGCUGGUCUGAGCUAUGCCAGUGCCAUCAACCUCCUGAAGAAUUCCCAGGGGGUAAUUCAGCUGGAUGUCAGUGAGCUCAACCCUAGCACGAAGGACUGGUACCUAAGAUACCAGAGGACUAGUAGUGGAGGAGAAGGCAUGGUGGCUGUCAAAGCCAGUGUAAAGCCACAGAGCACUGUACCAAUAGGUACUGUGGAGGAGACCAGUGCUUGUCGUUUGAAGCACAUUGAGCUCCAGCGUGGACCAGAUGGCCUUGGUUUCAGCAUUAUUGGUGGUUAUGGCAGUCCACACGGUGAUCUGCCUAUCUACAUCAAGACAGUCUUCAACAAGGGUGCUGCGGCUGUCAGUGGUGAGCUGAAGCGAGGGGAUCAGAUCAUGGCAGUGAAUGGGGAGAGUCUAGAGUCAGCUACCCAUGAGCAGGCAGUGGAAGUUCUAAAACGGGCCAAGGGUAAGGUAGUGAUCACUAUCCUGGCUUGAAGAUAGAUAGUCUUUGGAAGAGGGACUCACCUAAGCUACAAUAAUAGGUACAAAACUUUGGGUUGUCUGGUUCUGCCGAUUUUCUGCAAUGGUUAUGGCUUAUAUAUUAGGGUAUGAUGGGCUUGCAUUACAGUUGAAGGGUUAGUUUGGGUUUCAGUUUAAAAGACCACAUUUUGAAUGAUGCUGUCAACACCUUACAGCAGUGUUCUUCUCUUCAAAGCCCUCUUCCAUCAUAUCAAUUCAAGCUCGUUAUCAAAAAUAAGGGGGAACAGCGUGUAUGCUAUGAAGAAGGCCAACAGUAUUAAGAAAAAAGAGUUGUGUCUUACACAGAGCAUCUACAACCUGUGCAUGCAUUUUGCAGCGUGUUUGUGGUAUCAUCUAGAUACAAUAACAGAAUUUCACAAAAUAGAUCUAUUGGGAAUUUACUUUAAAAGGGUGAAUUUCCAAGGUGUACUUAUUUAUUGCAAAUGAAAUUUUGACUUGGGAAAGUGAUUCUGGUUCAGUUUGGAGUGAUUUAAAAACUGUACUUCACACACUUAUUUUCAAGAACUGAGAUUUACAAAAAUUGUGAAGGUGAUAAUUCCUAGUUUGGAUGUUAAGCUAAUCCAGAUUGUGUAACAGUGGGCAACCAUGGGUAUGUCUAUUGUAAAGAAUGGCUAACAUUUUUAUAGAUGUUAAGGGUACUUAUAAGUUAGAAUGCAAAUUGUUAAAUGGGUCACACUGUUAGUUUAAAUACUUUUCAAUUGACCAUUCCCGUUUCCUGUUUCAACUAUAUUGUACUAGGUUUUGUGCUGUCCAUGUUUUUAUCUGAAUAAAUUUACAACUUUUUUAAUGAUCUACCUAUAAAUA